CCACCUUCACACAAGAAUACCCUGAAGUGAAAAUCCGAGCUGGCAAUUGUUCCACUAUACAUUUUCGCACCAAUUCUCCUGCAGCAAAAACUUCCAUCGUGGCAAACCAGCCUUGCAAGUCCCACACUCCGCAGCCCUUCACGACAGGGAGUUGGAGGGUGCUCGACAGCAUACGCGGUGUUGACAAACAGAUUGAACUUUUACCAAGCAGUACUCGUCACCAUAGGACGGAAGCACAAGGCCAAGCGGGGUGAGCUGCCGCAAGGCAACCACAAGAACAAGAAAGGCAGCAGUUGGAGAAACAGCCUCGCCAGAAGAUUUGCGCAAGCCAACUCCGAUUUCUACUCCGGCGCUAUGGGCAACGAAGAGAGCACUCCGAUCGACGAGUCGACGCCGCCGAGUACACUCACCGGCAGGACCGUCGAGGCUGUGGCGGAAUAUAUUACCAGCGGCAAAGUCAAGAAAGUCGUAGUUAUGACAGGAGCAGGAAUCAGUACGAGUGCUGGCAUUCCCGACUUCAGGAGUCCCGAAACCGGCUUGUAUGCGAAUCUGGCCCGACUGAACUUGCCCUAUGCGGAAGCCGUCUUCGAUAUCAGCUACUUCAGGCAGAAUCCCGAACCUUUUUAUGCACUGGCACACGAGCUCUAUCCGGGCAAGUAUCGUCCGACCAUCACACACGCGUUCAUCAGCCUGCUCCACCACAAGGGCAUUCUGCUCAAGUGUUUCACGCAGAAUAUCGAUUGUCUGGAGCAGGAAGCUGGCGUGCCAGAGGAGAAGAUGAUUGCGGCGCAUGGAUCCUUUGCGCAGCAAAGUUGCAUUGAAUGUAAAACCCCGUAUCCGAGUGCAGACAUCAAGAAGCAUGUAGAGAACAAAACGAUACCGCAUUGCUACGACUGCAAAGGUCUGGUCAAGCCCGAGAUUGUGUUCUUUGGUGAACAGCUCCCAGCAGCUUUCUUCGAGGCCCGCGAUCUCCCCGCAGAAGCAGAUCUUGCCAUUGUCAUGGGCACGAGUUUGACGGUACAGCCGUUUGCAAGUCUCCCUGGCUUCACGCGAGAAGAAACUCCACGAUUGUUGAUCAACAAGGAGCGAGUGGGCAAUCUGGGAACGCGAGCAGACGAUGUGCUGCUUCUAGAAGACUGCGAUACGGGCGUGAAAAAGUUGGCCAAGGCGUGUGGGUGGCUCGAAGAGCUCGAGGCACUAUGGGCAACUACCGGUACUACGACCAAAGCGGACAACGAAGCUCUACUACCCGAAGCUACACAGGAGAAGGAGAACGAGAAGAAGAAGAGGGAGAAAACUAGAGAUGAACAAAUCGAGGACGAAGUCGCCCAGCUCACGAAAGAAGUCGAGGACACGCUGCAUCUCUCUCGAUCGCAUACGGAAAAGGUGAAGAAUGAACGUCUCCCUGGAGAAGAGAAAGCUCAUCCACCCAAAUCUGACUCCGCGCAAGAUGGAGGACUGGAUCAUGUGUUUGUCGGUGGUAUUAGUGGUGGAGUAGCAGCAGCGCCCAAAAUCGACGGAACGGGCACGGUGGGCAAGACGGAAGCAGAAGAAAAGGAAGAAUCGAAAUUAUGAAGUGAUUUGAUGAACAAGGGACACCUACUGACCUGAUGAAUGAGGGUGUUUUGUUUUUCAAACAACGAAAUUUCCGCCUUUUUUUCUUCACUUUGAGCGAAGUUGAAGUUAAUACCUCCUUGUACUAGUCUCAUAUUUUCUUGUUUUUUUUUUCUUGGUUUGUUUUCUUCUUUUUAGCGAAUGCUAACCUUGU